ACCCACGUGCGUUCUCCCCCCGCGGCUCCCUUCCUCCCCGACAACCCGUACCCCUCAGCUGACGUCACGCGCGCUCCGCGCGCCAGGGGAUCGAUGCCGGCGUCCGGCGCCAUGGCGUAGCGCGCACCACCGCCGUGUACGGCUUGGCCGCGAUGGCCGAGGUGAGCUUCACCAAGCGAGCGGCGGCCGAGCUGAGCCGCUGCUUCAACGGGCUCGCCGUGCGAGCCAAGGGUGGACUGCAACACGAGUCGCCCGCGACCGCGACCGGCGGCAACAGCGGCGUCGCGGCGACAGCGACCAGACGCGGCCGCGGAGGAGGAACGGGAAAUGCAGGAGCAGCGCCGCCCGGACGCGUCGGCGGUUCCGCAACAGCCAACGCUCCGGCGGCCGCCCCGGUGGCCGCCACCACCGCCGCGCGCGACCCCGCCGCCGCGGUCGCAACGUCGAACGCCGCCGCGGCGGCAGCGGCCGUAGUCGCGGCGGCCGCCGCGACGCGUCCCCGAACGGCCGCCGAGAUGCUGCGCGACCCGGAGUUCCUGUCGCGCCUGUUCUCGCACUUUCGGGGCCGCGAGCGGCUGCCCCUCGCCUCGGUGUGUCGCGCGUGGAGGGACGCCCUGUACGACCCUCGCCACUGGCGAGACAUGGCCGCCGUGCUGCGGUGCCGGGAGCUGCGCCGGGAGGGCGCCGACUCGCGCCGCCGUCUGCUCGAGUCGCUCGAGCGGCGCGGCAUGGACGCCGUCUGGCUCGUCGGCGCCUCGGACGAGGACCUCGCCGACGUCGUGUCGCUGGGCGCCGCGCUGCUGAGCCACGCGCGGCUCGUGGCGCUGCGAUGUUCGAGCGUCUCGGACCGCGGGCUCGAGUCCCUCCUGGCGGCCGCGCCGCGCGUCUCGGCACUCGAGCUGUUCGGCUGCAACGAGCUGACGGACGCCGGACUGUGGGCCGCGCUGCGACCCACGGUCACGUCGCUGACGCUCGCCGACUGCAUCAACGUGGCCGACGAGACGCUGGCCGCCGUGGCGCAGCUGCUUCCGGCGCUGCGAGAGCUCAACCUGCAGGCGUACCACGUCACCGACGCCUCGCUGGCCCACCUCGGAGGAGGAGUGGGUUCGCACCACCACCACCAACAGCAGCAGCUGCAGCACCAGUCGCAGCUGGUCGUGCUGCGACUGCGCUCCUGCUGGGAGCUCACCAACCAGGGUCUGGUGCAGCUGGUGCAGGCGGUGCCCCAGCUGCGCGAGCUGUCGCUCUCGGGCUGCACCAAGAUCAGCGACGACGGCGUCGAGCUGCUCGCCGAGAACCUGCGGCAGCUGCGCGUGCUCGACCUGUCGUGGUGCCCGCGCGUCACCGACGCCAGCCUCGAGUUCAUCGCGUGCGACAUGACGCAGCUGCAGCAGCUCACCCUAGACCGGUGUAUGCACAUCACGGACAUUGGCCUGGGCUACCUGUCCACGAUCCCCAACCUGUCGGUCCUUUAUCUGCGCUGGUGCUCGCAGAUACGAGACUUCGGCCUGCAACACCUGUGCACCAUGAAGAGCCUGCGGAUACUGUCGGUGGCCGGCUGCCCGCAGGUUACGGCUCGUGGCCUGUCCGGGCUCGCGCAGCUGCGACAGCUCCAGGAGCUCGAGCUCACCAACUGCCCCGGCGCCACCGCCGAGCUCCUGGCCUUCCUGCGCGAGCAGCUGCCUCACUGCCUCGUCGUCGACUGAGUCGCCUGUUGCUGCUCUUCCGCUCGACGUGUGGCCACAGACGACGGCGAUGACGACCAGCAAUAAGAAGUUGAUACCCACGGUUGUGACGACACACUCUUCCCCCACUCCAUGACCAUUGUGAACCUGCUCCCAACAGUCCUCCUACUCCUCCCACCUUGUCGAGAGAAGAUAGAUUCAUCUUCAAACCGUAGCUUCAAAGCUUUCCGCCGUCGCCCGCUUUUCCAGCACCCGUCGUCUUGCAUCAGAAAAGAAGAAGAAGCCAAUUUCCAAGGCUUCAAUGGUGUCGCCGGCGAUUCUCAAGACACCCCAUGGAUCCUCGGCUUGGAAGAGGGGGGAUGACUUCACCCAGGCUGACAGCUCAAUUAAAAACUGCUCCCUACUCCACCAGCGACUAGUUAACUAGCUGCUGAUUCUGCACCACCUGCCGAGGGAUAUCGCCAUAUUGAGGACGCUUUUCGAUUUAAGAACAUGCACCACCAUGUGACAGGCUCUUCAGCGACCCAUCCGCCCUACAACCGUCGGGAAGUGGAUCAACGCUGCAGCAGGGACCGCCCGUCGAGUACACUAGUUGAGUGAGGAAAGCAGACGUCCCAAGACGUAGUAUAGAGGUAUUCAUAGAGACGUCAUCAAGACGCCGAUGCUCACAACGGGCCUUCCACGCAUGCGCACAUUGGCGUGUGGCGGCUCGCACACAAGAGACUGCUCGCCUAUUCGUGGCACCAUCUUUCUCGCGAAAGAGGCGACUGAAGAAACAACGGCGUGCCCGAGCAACAACGGUUGCCGCAGCAGCUCGACUGCGAAAGAACACAAUGCAAGUGCCGACGAGAUGUUGUAAUAGUUCAUUGUAUUUUGCGUGCAUGUCCGGCUGCCAUUUCCCGUCGUCGAUGGUGAUCUUGACGAUGAAGAAGGAAAAGCGUGCUGCCUACGCCACGCCGCAGAGCUGCGGCAGCCACCGUGCAGCUUGUAUGAUGUGCGUGUCCGUGUCUGUGUUGUCUGCGUCCGUGCGCCAGGCGCACGCGCCCUUAUGUACAGAUGACGAUGAUAAUGCCUUGUUUUUCUUUUUUUUUCUUGUCUUCGCUCCUCGCACAGAAGAAGAUGAAGUAGCCCCGCCCUGCCCGGCAAAGCAAGUCUUCCCCGUGUGAUUGAAGAAAAGAAGAAAAAAAAUAAGUAAAAUAAAGUGCUAUGCUGCCGG